AAUCUUUUGAAUCCCAGAAGUUUCUACGCAGACGGUGAGGACUCCCAAUAACUCAAGACUGCCAAGCUUGAGAUUUAGCGGGUUGAGGGUGCUUGGAUUUUACACAUCUGCUUGGACCGUGUCUACUGCUUCUUUUUUUAUACAAAGAAACUAUAGAGACGAAUACAUCGCUUCUCGAUACUGACGUUGUUUUACACAAAACAAAGGAAAAUGACUCACUUUAACAAGGGACCAGCCUAUGGGUUAUCUGCAGAAGUGAAAAGCAAGAUUGCACAGAAAUAUGACAUGCAGAAGGAGGAGGAGCUACGCUUCUGGAUUGAGGAAGUAACGGCCAUGCCCAUUGGGGAGAACUUCCAGAAGGGUCUAAAGGAUGGCAUCAUCCUCUGCGAAUUGAUUAAUAAGCUACAGCCGGGCUCCAUAAAGAAGAUAAACCAUUCAAAGCUAAACUGGCACAAGUUGGAGAACCUUGGGAAUUUCAUCAAAGCAAUCCUGGCAUAUGGCUUGAAGCCCAACGACAUCUUUGAAGCUAACGACCUCUUUGAAAGCGGGAACUUGACUCAGGUUCAGACCACACUCCUCGCCCUGGCAAGCAUGGCGAAGACCAAAGGUAUGGACACUAAGUUUGACAUUGGCGUGAAGUAUGCAGACAAGCAAACGCGACGUUUUGAUGAAGAUAAGAUGAAGGCUGGCCAGUGUGUCAUCGGACUACAGAUGGGCACUAACAAGUGUGCCAGCCAGGCUGGGAUGACUGCUUACGGGACACGCAGACAUCUCUACGACCCAAAAACACAGACUGAAAAACCCUAUGACCAGACCACCAUCAGCCUGCAGAUGGGGACCAAUAAAGGAGCCAGCCAGGCUGGCAUGGCCGCCCCGGGCACCAGGAGGGACAUCUUCGACCAGAAGGCGGCGCUUCAGGCGGCAGACUCCUCCACCAUCUCUCUCCAGAUGGGCACGAACAAGGUGGCUUCCCAGAAGGGCAUGAGCGUCUACGGGCUGGGCCGGCAGGUGUACGACCCCAAAUACUGCGCCACCCCCACAGACCCCACCGUCAACGCCAACGGCAGCCAGGGAACCGGCACCAACGGCUCGGAAAUCAGCGACAGUGACUAUCAGGCGGAGUACCCUGAUGAGUACCAUGGAGACUACGAAGACGAUUACAGCGGCCACUACAACAACGACUAUUAGGCGAUGCCUGCAAGCGCAAAGUAGUCAGCAGUGUUAAACAUGUAUGGUCAUCUUUUUAUAGUUUUUUUUAUUGGCAGGGCAGUCUUUUUGCUAUUCUUGCAAGCCUUCAUUUUUGUAAUUGAUACCUGAGAGAAAAUAUUUUCCUGUGUCGUCUCUCACAUAGCAGUAUUUUUUUCAAUCACUUGUAGUAAACUGUAUAAUUAUGGUAUUGCUAGAAUGUGUCUUCAGAAUAUUCGGAAUGUUCUCUCUUUAUCCUUUCCAAAAGUGGGAGUUUUCAAACCUUCUUACUGCACAAUGCUUGUUCCCCUUUUCAGUGACUACGAAACAUUGUUCUCGUACUCAAUUCCCAAUUCUUGCAUUUCGUUCAGACUUCUCCAUUCUUAAAAGAAGGGGUACCCGAGCACAUUUGUCCCAGGGUGACUUAAGUGUAAUGACCCCAACUCUCUCCACCCGCUGUCUUUGAAUAACUACAUUAUUAUUAGUUUUAUGUUUUUAAGUGAACAACCAGAGCAACAUGUUUGAAUAAGAGAGGGAAUGGGAGGGAAAUCUAUAGUGGGUUUUUGCUUUUGUCCUUGCUUUGAUGUGAAGGCACUGAAAUGUUGCUAUUUUCAGAAAUGUGUGUAAAUGUGAUCUUUACAUUCUAUUUGUUAUGACCAAACUCUUUUAUCAGUUUGUUCCAGUGCUUUUGUUGCAUCAGAUUAUUGUGCCAUUACAUCCCCUCUUCUCUAAUCACCCUGGUAUUUUAGAAUUACCCCCUCUCCUGUAUUUAUUACUAUGGCUCAAUAUACAGCCCACAGUUGUAUGUUUUUUUUUUGUAUAAAUACAUUUUAUGUUGUAUAAA